AACCGGUGCCUUGUUAUAUAAUCUAAGCCGAGCCGAUGGCUGUAGAGGAAAUAAACAUAGAGAAGAAAACAGAGAGGAACCCUUCUGCCAUGGCCAAAUCGGACCAAGAGAGAGAACCGGAGGAUACAAAAGGGUCACCGCCGGCGACUACGGUGUGGGGGACAUGGGAGGAGCUCCUCCUAGCCUACGCCGUCAACCGCUACGGCACCAAGAGCUGGGACUCCAUAUCCUCCGAGUUACGAAAACGGAGCUCCGCCCCGAUCCUUCUCACUCCUCAUCAUUGUGAAGAGAAAUACGGAGAACUCAAACGACGUUUCAACCAAUCUGAUGAAGACGACGUUGAAAUGGAUGACGGCAGUGAUACCACGACCACCACCACUGCUAUUCCUUGGCUCGACGAAUUGAGAAAACUCCGAGUCCUAGAACUGCAGCGAGAACUCCAAAACUACGAUCUAUACAUCUCGUCUUUGCAAUUGAAGGUGAAGAAAUUGACAGAAGAGAGUGAAAAAACCGGUGGAGAGCCGAAGAAAAAGUCAGAUUUAGGGCAACGAAAUGAAGAGAUUGAAAUAAAAAAGGCGGAGGAAGAAGCAAAAAACGAAACGCCGGAGCCGGUGGUUUCCGGCGACGAGGAUUCCGACCGAGAUAACCAGUCGGUAAACGGAUCGAACGGAAACCUAGAAACCGGUGUUGAAAAGUCCGAAAACGAAAACGAAAAUGAAAAUGAAAAUGAAAACGAGAACGAAGCGAGUCCGGUUGGGACCGGAGACGAGAAGCCUGAAUCGGCGGCGCUUUCACCCGUUCGUGAGGAGGAUUCGUGUAACGGUAGACCGGAAGGUAAAGAAGAACCGGUGAAAACCGAACCGGAUGGGGAAGCGAGCGAGGCGCCCGAGUCAAUAGCCGAGUCGAAAAGUGAGGGAACAACGAAGGAAAAUUCAGAUGUACAAAGCUCCGCGAGUAAGUCGAAGAAAGAGAGAGUUGAUAGGAUGCGACGUGGCUCCAUCAAAGGGGAUGAACGUGAGAACGAGGAUCAAUCCACAGAUAGUAUUCCUGUUCGAUCUCUGCCGUUGGUUGAUUUCUUGCACAAACUUCACAAACUCGGCUCGGCUCUCUUCGAUCGGCGCCUCGAUAGACAGGAAAAGCUAAGGUACAAGAACUUAAUUAGGCAACACAUUGAUUACGAAAUACUACAAACAAGGCUAAAAGAAGGGUGGUAUUCCGAUGGAAACGAUAAAUUUUUCCGAGAUCUCCUUCUUCUGGUGAACAACACUCGUAUAUUCUUCCCAAAGGACUCGCCGGAAUCCACCGCAGCCACCGACCUACAAAAGCUUAUCCUGAAGGAGAUGACAUCGAAGAAAAAACAAAAAUCCGAUUCAAAAUCAGCCGACAAACAAAAUUCAUCAUCAAAACCUAAAAUUCCACCGGAUUCUUCGUUGCUUCUGAAACCAAAAUUGACCGGUCCGAUUGUUGUUUGUAGAAAAAGAAGCUCGAUUACAGGUAAAGGCGAUCGGAGAAAAGAGCAACCAGAUCUGAAAAAGGGGAAGAAUCCUUCAAGUUCUCAAGACCAUGGGAAACCAUCAUCAGCUAAUAACGAGGCUUCCGACACUAAAAACGAAAAGAAGAAGAAGCUAACGGAAGCAGAGGAGAAGAAACAAAGCGCAGCAAAGUUUUUGAAUCGAAUGAAACGAACGUCGUCAAACUCCAACGAGCCACUUAACUCGUUGAAAAGCAACUCGGUUGGCGGCGGCGGUGGUUAUGAUUCCGACAGCAAAGAGCAGAAGAGAGGCGGUGGUAGCAACAAGGGUGGCGGCGGCGGUGGUGGUGAGGGGAAGAAAGAUCAAGGGUCUAAGAAGAAAGGUAAAGAACAAGGAAGUCCGGCGAAGAGGAGUGUGGGGCGGCCACCAAAGAGAGCGGCGGCACCACCUCAGGUUUUGGGGAAACGGAAUAGGGAAUCCGGUGAGUCUGCGGAGACGUUGGGUUCGAAACAGACGAAGAAAAGAUCAAAGAGGUGACUGUAUACUGUAGUGAAGUGAAUUGGAAUGAUGGUAGGUUUAUAUUUUCAGGUAUGAUUGAUUCGAAACUUAUUAUUAGUCUAACCCUCGGUUUAUUUUGACGAAUGUUUUUAACUUUUACGUUUACCAAUUGACAUGCUUGUUUUGGUAGUUUUAUAUUUAAGAAAAUUAGCAAUUUAUCUUCUAA